AUGGCAUAUAAUACCAGAACCAAAACGGCAAAUGGAUUCCAGUUUGAUAAACUAAAUCCUUCUGUACCAUUUCACCAACAGGAUGAGGAAGUGCAACAUAUCGACGACUUUGACAAUAAUGACGACGAAAACAUUUUUGAAUUGAAUAUCGAGGAAUCUACAUCUAUGUCGACAACUACAGCUACAACAUCAAUAAAUAACUAUGCAUUAGAUGUACGAGAUUUAACUUCUACACCAGUAACCUAUACUCGUAACUCGUCGAUUUCGUCACUAGAGUCUAAAAAAUCCAUUACAGAUUCGAUAUUCUCCCCAAUAGCAUCACCAUUGGUCUUACCAUAUACUUACCAACUACAAUACGAAGAUGAUGAAGAAAACAAAGACGAUGAUCACUUAUUAUACGAAUGCGUCAUUUGCAAGCAAAAGACAAGUCUACUGCUGAAACAUAAUUGCAGCGUAAACUUGUAUAAAGAGGAUGAAAAUAAUGCUCUUACUGCUUAUACCAAAAGGAAUUUGAAUCCGAAUCUGAAUCUGGAAAGUAACUGUAACGAAACAAUAAUCAAAAGUGGCAAUCAGUCGAUAUUGAAUAACUAUAGAAAAUGGUUAGUUAUGUCCGCAUAA